AUGCAGCCAGCACCAAUAGCCACCCAUGAACAUCAGCUGAAAUUCGAGAGAGAUGCUCAGAGACGUCCUUAUACCGAAUAUGCUCGGAAAUUCGGACCUAAAUCUCCAGACAGAGCUCAGGGAAAGAGUUGGUUAACGCCGUUGGAUCCUCUGUUCCCAGUAAAUUGGGAAAAUGCAAGAUCGGAUGAUCGGCACAAUAUAAUCGGAGGGUAUCAGAAACAGGAACUACUUCUCUUUACCACGAGAGAAUUGAAGGAUUUAGAUGCGGUUUGUGAUAGACCUAUGAGGGAUAGUACGCUGUCUGGAGGGAUUCUACCAAUUUUGCAGAGGGAUAGGUGGGAGGAUAAGCCGAGUGAUGCGUGGUUGAGGACAGAUAGUGUCCCAAUUAGGCAUGACCCCGAUGGUGGAAAAUGGCAAUCGAGUAAUGAUAAAGUAUGGGAGGUUCUCAGACCAAUAGUCACACUUGCUUCGCAAUUUAUAACGUCUUCUAAAAGUUUACCAUGGCUAGAUGCUCUCCUCCUUGGACCCCGCGCUCCUGUCCAUCCAGAUAGAUACCCACCAGGCGCAAAGAUUCUCAAAGAAUACCACACCUUCAGCCCUCGAGAAGGUCCAUGGACUGUUGAACGCGAAAACGAAGUCGCGGCCGAAAGAGAUCGGGUCUUUCGCGGGUUGAUGAAUGAAAUGGAUUUUAUGUGUUCGUAUUUCUAUAGCCAUCAGAACGUGAGAGAUAACGAUCCACCCAACAAUGAUCCAACAUACCCGGUCAAGAAAUUUGGAGAUGCUUUGGGAGUUUCAACAAUCAAUACUUGGGAAAUGCUCAUCAAGAAGAAACCCGGUGCUAAGUGGCGAGUUCAAAUGUUUCUCAACGUUGAAUCUUUGGAGCCUAUCUUCUUCCAGUAUAAAGACUUAUCAGACUCCGAGUUGGCAGGUAUCAGAUAUCGCUGUGCAAGUACCAUUGCGCACGAACUUAUGCAUGCGAUAGGCUAUUAUCAGUCUCUGCAUCGUCUAGGUGUUCGUGUAUUUACAAAUAACAGAGAAGGAUAUUUUGGAACGGAGCAGAGCGCGGAGCUUGGCUGGAGCUGGCAAUGGGCAAUUUUCGGAGGAAUUGACCUCAAGAAACCCGUCAACCAGCGGUCCCGUCGUCUCCUGUGUCAAUUUGCCGAAAUGAUGUACCCUUCGUUCACCAGUAAACUUCACGGCUCCAAGAGUCAACCUAUUCUCAUAGAGCCUGCUAUAAAAACACAUGUCGAUUUCUAUCCCAUCGGCGUCCAGUAUUUGGAAGACGUUCACACUCAAGACUUUUGGGAUCUGAUGGUUCGCGGUUUUGGCGGAGGCAUUCUAAAAUACCGCGCGAUCAAGGAAGGUACUAGAACCGUCUACCGUCCGGAUUCUGGUGAAACCGGUCGCCCUUUCCUCUAUACUUCCAGGGAUAGAUUGGAUCCUGUCGUCCAUGAUCCAUAUGUCAACGAUGAUGCGAUGAUGUUGCAGGGUAUAUUGAACAUACAAUCGCAGAUGGAGACUACGCCGAUGGAGAGGCAAGUUUUGGACUUUACUGCAAAAAUGGCUGAAACUGCGAAAACUGGGAAAGAAUUUUGGGAAAGUAUGGAAUCACAAGUUAAAGCCGUGGGGGGGAUCAUAGAGGUAUUAGUGGAGAAUAAGAAUAACAAUUUUGGCGGUGAUGAGGGACAAUUGGAAUUGAUGAACACGGCAGUGAAAACGUGGUGGAGUUGUUGGUUGUGGCUUCAACAAAUCACGAAAGAAUGGGGUGCGAGGGGAUUUAAUCGAGAAGUCAUUGAAAAAAUCGGGAAAAAGUCUAGAACUGGAGAACUGGCAAUGCAAUUGAAUCGCUCCUACAACCGUCUGGAGCAAUGCCAAGCAUUAUUUUUCAUUCCAAGUAGAAGGGGAGUCGCAAAUAAUUAUCCCACAGAACAGAAGGAGUUCGAUAUGCUGCUCGAGGCCACCGCGGCGAUGCAUAAUUUGAAAGAUUACGACAAGGCGAGACAGUUGUGUUCUCAAAUAUCUUCAAAUAAAUACAUUGGAUCUUUUGCGAAGAGUGCGGCGUCAAUGAUGGUUGCAAAUUGUGAAGCAGAGAAGGCAGGAGGUGUUGAGAAGUUGACAAUACCAAUUCGACAUAAAUGCUGGAGGUUACUCACUCAAGGCUUGGCGAGGCUGGUUUGGCUAGAACCAGAGAUUGUCCAAGUUUCAGAAGGAUGGAAGGAGUUGUUCCGGGAUUAUAUUGACUGGGGGAAGAUAACGGAAGCAAAGUUGCGGAUUGAAAAACGGGAUGUUUUGCCCCCGGGGAUUGAAGAGACGGGGGAAAGUUCACAGACAGGAAGUAGUCGUAGUGGGGGACAGCCUGCAAGAGCGAACACUCAAAAGAGGACGAGGGAAGAUGUUAACGAGUUGGUUGACGAAGUGAUGGAAGAUGUGGUCUGUCCGGAACCCGAAGAAUGGAAAUCAAUGCAGAGAAUGAGAGCAUUCAAGAAAAUGAAGCGUGGGUCGAGGAAUCCAGGUGAUACCCCGCCAGAAUGA